AUGUAUGAAGAUCGACAGUCAAGCGAUGAUGAUUCCAGUGAUAAAGAACCCCAGAGGAUAACACAAAAUGUUAAAAAGAAAUACGAGCAGAAAUUUUGCAAUAGUUGGCUUACAGAAGGAAAAUUUAAAGAUUGGAUUGAAGCGAAACAUGAAGGCACUCGUAUGCCUUUCUGUAAAGUGUGCAAGGUUAAAUUAUCAUGCUCAAAAACUGCGUUGUCGAGACAUUUAGAAGGGAAAAAGCACCAAGAAUUAUUUAAAAUGCACGCAGAUCUGACGAAGUCUCAUACACGUAUCGGAACUUUUAUGAAUGGUUUUUCGCGUGAUGCAGUUGAGAAACUCAAAAUCAAACUGUCCAGUUUUAUUGUAGAACACAAUCUUCCAAUAAGCUUGAGUGAAGAUUUGUUAGCCCUAUUAACCAGUUUGUUUCCACAUGAUAAGACUGCAAACAUUAUUCGUCAGGUACUAGGGUUUAAUGUUAUUAAAGAGUCCAUUGAAGAUUUAAGAUCACGGAAAUUUUCCCUGAUUAUUGAUGAAACAACAGAUCGUACCUGUAAAAAUCAGCUAGCUAUUCUUGUUACAUACUUCAAUCCAGAUACAUUUCAAAUGGAAAAUGAUUUAAUUGACAUUGUACAACUUGAAGAUGGCAAGGCUGACACAAUUUACCAAGCUAUAUUGAGAUGCUUUAAUGAUAAGGAUAUUCCAAUGACCAAUAUUAUUGGAUUCUGUGCAGAUACAUGCAAUGUGAUGUUUGGCAAGUAUCAUUCUGUUUCACAGCUAUUAGUUAAAAAUCAUCCAUGGAUUAUACCAGUGAAAUGCUCUUGUCAUAUGAUUCACUUAUGUGCUUCCCGUGCAUCUUUACAGUUGCCUAAGUCACUAGAGGAUUUGUGCCGAAAUAUAUAA